UAGAGUGAAAUAUGGCAUGGGAAUGGCUGAUCAAGAAAUGGCGAAAACUAUUUGCGAUAGUAAUUUUGCAGACAACACCAACAAUAUGGCACACCAAAAAGGCAUCAGUCCAGAAGAAAUGGUUGGAGUUUAUGAUGAAUGGGGAGAGAAUUAUGAUAAAAGCUUAGUUGGAUGUUAUAACGGACCAGCAAUAGCCACUAGUACUCUGGCAGCGUAUUUCGAGAAGCACAAACGAAGAGCAGUAUUCGUUUUGGAUGUGGCGGCAGGUACAGGGAAGGUAGGAGAACAGCUACAUCAGCACGGAUUUACUUCGAUUGACGGGUUAGACCCCUCUGAGGAAUUGUUGUCCAUAGCGGAAAGGAAAAACAUAUAUAGACGGUUAAUCCAUAGCUUCAUUACCCCAGAGCCCACUGUUGGUAUUCUACAUCAGCACGGAUUUACUUCGAUUGACGGGUUAGACCCCUCUAAGGAAUUGUUGUCCAUAGCGGAAAGGAAAAACAUAUAUAGACGGUUAAUCCAUAGCUUCAUUACCCCAGAGCCCACUGUUGGUAUUGAAUCAGACACCUACGAUGCCAUUGUCAUUUCUGGCGGAAUGGGAGAAGGGCAUAUAAAGUGUUCAGCUUUAAAUGAGAUGAUUCGAGUUGUAAAAAAAGGGGGUCUGAUAUGCAUUGUUAUGCGGGAAAACUACCUUGAUAAUGUGGAGGAAUACAAAGAUCGUCUGGAGCCAUACAUGAAGCAACUUGAAAUGGGAGGAAAGUGGGAAAAAGUUGAGCGUCGAAGAGUUCCGAAUUAUUCAUUCCAAAAUAAUGGAAUAGUUUUUCUUUACAAGGUGCUAUAAUUAAAACUUUUAACAGUACUUGACUGGAUACAUAUGUGGCAUUUAUUUUUGUGUGACGAAUUUAAGUUCGAUUUGUGGAUAGUACAUGUACCCGUGGCUCUUAUAAAAAUGGAUCAUCCUGCGGCCAUGAUUUUAUCCUUAUAGGUUAAAAAGAUAAAAAGAUACUAAGAUAAAAAAUAUGCAUAUGGAUUCGAAGAUUUUUCAUCAUGUGUUUAAUAACAUAGCAUAAAAAGCAAUACACAACGAAAAAAAAUUUUCUUCAUGUUUUUAAUAACAUAGCAUAAAAAGCAAUACACAACGAAAAAAAUUAAACCUUGACAACAUUACACAACAUAAAAAAAUCAUUCUUUAAAUGCUUGUAUCAAUACGUAAAAACUGCACGUGGUAAAAAUACUUUUGCAUUCAAAAUUUACAAAUAGGUGCUUAGCUGGACAGAAUAUUACUGGGGUGAAUUGCAAAGAAAUUCUAAAAUUCUUGGAGCUACAUGUAUCGUUCG